AUGCCGGUGACAGUGGAACACAUCAAGUCGACAAACUAUGUGCUAGAGGUUGUGGCGCGAGAGGGCGCGGUGCUUGAGGCCGUGGUGGCAGAGCUAGAGGCCGUGGAGGCGGGGCCGAGAUUGUGGACUUCGGCGGAUUCGGGAGAGAGUGUGGUGCCGAGUGUGGCGACUGCGUCGGUGACCCAGUCGGUAUCCGUGGCGAGUGAGGCCAGUGUGGAUGCGAGUGUUGGUUUGGGAGCGGGGCUGCUCCGGGUUGGGGUGGUGCUCCGGCUCAGGGUCUUGAUGACUUAG